AAAUAAUUCAGAUGAUCAUAUCGUGUAGCCACACAAUGAGGGUUCAACUACUAUUGUUUCCACCUAGAUUUGGAGAUCAUACUAAUGAUGAUUAGGGCUUUGAUUGGACCCCUUCGUUCGAUUUCCUUGUGAGUGUAAGAAUUUGUGGAGAGGACAUGAGGUUCCUGUGAUCUGCGUUCCGAGUCUAGAUUAGUACAAUAUCAGAACAAUGGUGUAUGUAAAGAUGUAAAAUAGAUAGAAUAUGGCUUAGAGAGAGGACCAUACAACUUGUGUGAUGAAUCUGAAAAUGGAAGAGAGGAUCUCUAGUUUGGAGGUUCGACUAUCCUUAUAUGGAAGUCAGGGGCUUCCGGUUAAUAAACGGUAUAUGAUGCACAAUUAAACAUCUCUCAAUAACUCAAGUUAUUGGGAUCAACUGGUUCUUGACAUAGUAUCAGAUCCUUCUGUGACCGAGAGGUCUCCUGUUCGAAUUCCAUGACCCCAUCUGUUUAUGUUAAUCAUAUGAUGUCCGGACCUGUGCCUGUGCAAACUCCAAGCCUACACGAGUGGCUUGAGUUUGAGGGGGUGUGUUAAUAAAUGAUAUAUGAUCCACAAUUGAACCUUUCCCAACAACUCGAGUUAUCGAGACCAACUUGUUCUUGGCACUUCCUUGCUGAGAUGCCUUGAGAUCCCCUCGAGGAGACGCCUCGAGGAUUUCCUUGAGGAGAUUCUUGUGACCUCUAAAACUCGACUUUGAUAUCAACGGAUGCGUUCUGAUACUCGCUAUCAGUAAAAUAUUGUAAGUUUUCGGGGCAAACUUUCAGACUUAAUUUUGGACACCUUUUCAAAAAGACAAAAUACUAAUGGAGCUAGGACGUGGAUGUUUAUAUAUAAUAGUUAUUUCAUCUCGUAUAUUUUUUAUUUGAUACACUCAAAUUUACCGAUGUGUAAUUGUCCGAUCAGGUAUGGACCAAAUCAAACUAUGAGAACCACAGUUCAAUAAUAAUAAUAAUAAAAAGAAUUUUUAAAAUCAAGAACCGAGUCAUCAUUAUAUUCGACUUGAUUCGAUUCAGUCCAAAUAUCAAUUUGAUGGAGAGAACCAACGAACACCCCAGAUUAUAACCCAUACCAACAUAUCCGGCUUAGAGCCCUUCUACUAUGCUAUAUAGUAUUGGUGCUUUAAUGUACAACUCAAAGUUGUACCAUAACAUUAAAUGUAUAAGUUUAGGUUGUACCAUAAAGCAAUUUGUACCAUUAUGUUAUGGUACAACUUUACAACUUGAAGUUGUACCAUCACAUAAAUGUACAAUUUCAAGUUGUACCAUAAAAGAAUUUGUACAAAAAGUAUUGGUACAAUCUAAAGUUGUACCAUAACAUAAAUGUACAAUUUUAAGUUGUACCAUCAAGGCAAAAACCUAUAGCACCAAUACUAUAUAGCAUUGUAAAAUUUCUCAUCCGGCUUAUAUAAAAUAUUAUCAUUAUUUAUUAGAUUAAUCACGCUUAAAGUGCCAUGCGUCGGCUCCCAAAUUCCAAAACGUAAGCCCGAUUUAAUCAACAAAGGCGAGACUCUAAGUGAGAGUGACGCAUCUUCCCCUUACUAUAAUUUCCUUAUUAAGCUUCCUUUUUCAAAAAUCACUAAUCAAUUAUUUUCCCAUUCCUUUCCUUUCCCUAGAUUUUCCUUCCUAUAUAUAAAUACGACGAGCUUCUGCACCAGCUAACUCUUCCUUCUCACGGCCACAAACCCCACAAAAUCCGGCCCUCAGAAGUUAUUAUGGUCAGCGGCUUCCCGAUGCCGGCGGCGAUGGAUGUGGAUAGCAGCAACAAUCGAUCCCCGUACAAGAUCAGCCGCUCUACUUCGACCGGCCGGUCGGCGGCGGCGGCGACGAAAGGCCCCGCUCCAUUUCUGUCGAAGACGUACGACUUGCUUGAUGAAAGGCCUUCGUCGUCAUCGUCGUCUUCCGGCGACGGCGGGAGCAUCAUAUCGUGGAAUGAAGACGGGACGGGGUUCGUGGUGUGGUCGCCGGCGGAGUUCUCGGAGCUGAUGCUGCCGCGGUACUUCAAGCACAACAAUUUCUCCAGCUUCAUCCGCCAGCUCAACACCUAUGGAUUCAAGAAGACAUCAUCGAAAAGAUGGGAGUUCAAACACGAGAAGUUCCAGAGAGGCAAUCGAGAAAUGCUCAUGGAGAUAACUCGCAAGAGGUGUGAGCCCAGUGUUUACCCUUCGUAUUUGAAGGCAGCAACUAACUCAAACGAAGAAGAUAGACAGAGUCUCAAUCACGACCAACGUAUGCAGCUAGUAGAAGAGAACUCGAAUUUGAGGAAGGAGAAGCUGGAGUUACAAACCCAAAUCGCUCAGUUCAAAGAUCUGAAAGUGAAGUUGUUGGACUUUGUGGGUCACUACAUGGGAAAUAGCAACGACCAACAUGUCAAAAAUGGAAGGAUUUGCUAAAGUUAAUGUAGAAUUAGUUGCAUAUAGUGUAAAAUAAGUUUAUUUGUUGUUUAUCCAAAAGAGGGGGAAAAUGAAACCCUUUAACUUUUGGAGUUUUAAAAAUGGUUGAUUUAAGCUUGCAUAGAAUUAGGGUCUAAUUGGAAGGGUUUAGGCUUCUCUUGUCAAUCUUAUGACAAAUUAAGUUGCCAAUGGUGACAAAGAAGUUGCUUUUAUAUGACUUUUUUUAUUCAAUUGGCAACUUUUUGCAAUCGUCGCUUUGAUGAUUUUUUUCAUUCAUGUAUUAUUAUCAAUAACUUUGUUCACAAUAAUAUGACAAGGAUUUC